UUGUACGUGCAAAAGUUCAAAUCAGCGCGAGCGUGCGUGCAACAAAAAAUUUAAGCGGGCACACACAGCGCGAACCAACAAAAAUCCGUUACAAAGAGAAUCGCCAUAAUCAUCAACUUCUUAAGCUUCAUUCAGAGCGCAUUUGAUUGAAGAAAGAAAAAACCGAAAAUCUCUCGGUAGCACAAUCCAGAUGAAAGCGAAAACGGUUAAAGCAAAUUGGAGCUUGAGAACGAAAAAAUUCAGUUUACCUUCUGUUUUCCUCUUAUGCAUCUUCUUCUUUCUCGCUGGUUUCUUCGGUUUCAGUUUCUUCCAUCACUCUCAGGAAGAUGAAUACGGCGUGAGAGUGAGAUUGCUGGAAAAGUCGGUGAAGGAUGAGACGGAGCAUCGUUUGUUGCAUGCUGGAAAGUCCGGUGAUAAUUUCAUUACUUCGAUUCCCUUUCAGGUUUUGAGCUGGAACCCUCGCGCUUUAUACUUUCCUAAUUUUGCAAGUGCAGAACAAUGUGAUAGAAUAAUUGAGAUGGCAAAGGCAGAGCUUUCACCAUCAAGGUUGAUGUUACGCGAGGGAGAAACAGAGGAAGGUACAAAGGGAAUCAGAACAAGCUCUGGUAUGUUUAUCAGCGCUUCUGAGGACAAGACAGGUCUUUUAGAAGUCAUUGACGAGAAAAUUGCCAGAGCAGCAAAAAUUCCCAAGACUCAUGGAGGGGCAUAUAACAUCCUCCGCUAUAAGGUUGGACAAAAAUAUAACUCUCACUAUGAUGCAUUCAAUCCCGCAGAAUAUGGCCCACAAGAGAGCCAAAGGGUGGCUUCAUUUUUGCUGUAUUUAACAGAUGUUCCAGAAGGUGGGGAGACCAUGUUUCCGUUUGAGAAUGGGUCGAACAUGGACAGUAGCUAUAAUUUUGAGGAUUGCAUUGGUUUAAAAAUCAAGCCACUGAAGGGAGACGGACUUCUAUUUUAUUCGUUGUUCCCUAAUGGUACAAUUGAUCCGACAUCACUCCAUGGGAGCUGCCCCGUGAUUAAAGGGGAGAAGUGGGUAGCUACAAAGUGGAUAAGGGAACAACUACAUUAUGAUGUUUAGAUGAAUGGUACCUGAAAUUGGGAUUCAGAGUCUUACCGAUACUGAGAUAGUAUUUAUGAUUUCUAUCAUAUAGUUGAUUAUCGAUAGUCAGAUGAAUAAUAAGGUCUAAAAUCUGAUUAGACGCUGGAAUUGUAAAGCAAGACUGUAUAUUAAAUAUAUAUGAUACAUGCACCAUGAACUUAACUUCCUAAUAGAUGGUAAAUCCAAAGCCCUCUAACUUUUUUGUUGUUGUU